UUCAAACGUUAGCCUCAAGCACUCCUUGAGAUCUUGCCCAACGAAGAUGUUGAAGUUCUUAGGAUUGGUAUCUGUUACUUUGGUUCUCGGCGACCAUGUUUGGGCCAAAAGAGAGUUUGCUAUGCCCUCGGAGGCCAACAUUGCCAAGGCAAAGGCCAUUUUGGAUAAGACCCCCAUAAUUGACGGUCACAAUGACUUCAUCAUGGGAACCCGGAGUUUGAUUCAGAAUGACUUCACCAAUUUCGAUUUCAACUCGGACUUGACUCAAGUGGAACCUUGGGCCUCCUAUGUGUACAACCACGUGGACUUGCCCAGAAUCCGGGACGGUCGUCUUGGUGGUCAAUUCUGGUCUUCGUACGUGUCAUGUCGCUCGGCUCACAAGGACGCCGUUCAAUUGUUCAUGGAACAAAAUGAUGCCAUUAAGCGCUUGGUGGCUUUGAAUUCUGACCAUAUGGAAUUUGUCACCACUGCGGCAGGCGUUGAAGCUGCCAUGGCCAAUGGCAAAGUGGCUAGUAUGAUUGGCGUUGAAUCUGGUCAUGCUAUCAACAGUAACCUGGGCAUUCUGAGGAUGCUUUAUGAGGUUGGCACCCGAUACAUGACCCUCACGCACACUUGCAAUACCCCAUGGGCUGACGCUGCUCAAGCCGAAUCCGGCUCGCAACCCGUUCGAAGUGAUGGUUUGUCUCCCUUUGGCGUUGAGGUCAUCUUGGAAAUGAAUCGAUUGGGUAUGUUCGUGGAUGUCAGUCAUGUCUCGAGCGCUGUUAUGUCCGAUGCGUUGGACGUGAGUCGAGCUCCGAUCAUAUUCUCUCAUUCCUCGGCUCGGGCCGUUAACAACGUGGUUAGAAAUGUGCCAGAUUCCAUCCUCGAAAGAAUGCCUGAUAAUGGUGGUGUGGUCAUGGUCAACUUUUACUCCUGUUUCAUCAAGGACGAUUGUGAUGCCACUUUGGAUGAUGUUGUGGAUCAUGUAAAUCAUGUCCGCAACGUUGCUGGUGUGGACCAUGUUGGAAUUGGAUCCGAUUUUUGCGGGAUUGAUGAGGUACCACUUGGGUUAGAAGACGUGUCUAAGUACCCCAUUUUAUUUGCUGCCUUAUUGGAGAGUGACGUCGAAUGGACUGACGAGGAUCUGGGUAAAUUGGCCAAUGGAAAUCUUCUGAGAGCCAUGAAAGAAAUGGAAACUGUUCGAGACUCUUUGUCUGGUGAGGCUCCUCAUCAAGGAUGGAUCUCAUCCGAGGAUUUCGAGCCUGAUGAGACCUCAUGCAUGUCUGAGAUGAAUUGAAAUAAACACGCAUGAACAUUGCGCUGUAUAAUCUUGCAAUGUUUAUUGAGAAACAUC